AUGGAGUUAUUCCAAAGCGAGUAUCAGUCUAGCAUCGAUCGCCUGUAUACGCUAACAGGAAACGAAGAUCCAAAAACUUUACAGUGGCGUAUUAACGAGGCUGGCGUUGCACAAACUGUGACGCUAGCUACAAAGACUAUGGGUCGUGGUAUUGACUACAAGUCGAACGACAGAAGUGUCGAAGAAAAUGGUGGUGUGCACGUCAUUCAGACAUUCUUCUCUUUAGACGAAAAGGAGGAGAUGCAAAUUAAAGGCAGAACAGCUCGUACGAAUAACCAGGGUAGUUAUGAGCUGAUUCUUGACCGCCGGCGUUUGAUGCAAAUGAAAUGCAGAGCUGAAACAUAUGAAGAGCUUUGCAAUGAGAGACAAUAUUCAGAAAAUCUUAGAGGAGAUGAUAUCCAAAAAGGAAUGAAAGCUGCAGAAGAAAGCCACAACAAAACUCUGGAAUUUUUCGAAUUCUUAGCAAAAUAUACACCUGAAAAUCGCAAUGAAUAUUUGUCAAAGUUAAUUGAGUGA